GUUGCACACCUCGUGAGUCUUGUUUACCACUGGCUGAACAUGCACCACAACAUCAGGAACUAGCAUUAGCCACAUACAUGGUGGUGGACAUGUGUGUUUUAUUAACAGUAUAGUACGCAAAUUUCCCAUAUUUUGUUCCAUAGACGAGUUAUUAAAUCUAGUUAAGGAGGAAACCGAUGCCUUCGCAGCCAGAAUAAAGGAUGCUUUAUGUAUGUCAGUCCAUGGAGGGGACACGAGUGUAUUACCGUCGAGGCUGACAGCGUUGGCACCUAGAGGUAAUACGACAUCAGGAAGAACUAUGCCCACUAGGAGUCUCGGCGCUAGGAGACAGCUCACUGCAGAAUGAGUCCACACAGUGCUGCCAGAGUGGUGGUGGUUGGUGCUGGUCUAUCAGGCUUAUCUGCAGCUUCCACCCUGGUGAAAGCUGGAUUUCAGCACAUCCAAGUCCUGGAGGCUAUGGGCAGGCCCGGAGGCCGGGUCUACACCACAAAACCCUUUGGCCAGAAUGUAAUUGAGCUGGGGGCCAACUGGAUCCACGGUCAGGAGGCCAACCCUCUCUUCCUGCUAGCCCAGGAGCAGGGCCUGCUGCUGGAGGAGAGAGGCUCAGCCAGCAUCAUGUGCCUGCCAGGCUCUGUCACCCCUAGGGACUACUUCUUCCGGGAAAGCAGGCGACAGCUUCCGGUGGACGAGGUGGAGCAGGUGUGUUCCUUUUUCAGCGGGCUCACCUCCAGGGCCUUCGAAUCAGAGUUGGAGCCUAGGCACAGCAGUCAGAGCCUGGGGGGCUACCUGGACGAGGAGUUCGCCCAGUCACCCCUGGCGGCCUUGGAGGACGGCCCGAGGGUAUUUGAGUGGUGCAAGAGGAGCGAAUGCACGGAUGAGGCCAGCUCCUCCCUCUAUGAGGUGUCUGCCUCGCAGCUGGGUCACUAUGUGGCCUUGGAGGGGGGCUUCUUCAAUUCUCUGGGCCCCGGAGGCUAUCAGGCCCUAGCAGACACCCUCUUGGACAACCUUCCGCCUGGAGCCUUGCUGUGUGACAGGCCGGUACACAGCAUCCACUGGGCCCUGCAGGAGGAGAAGAACCACACCCGUCCAGUCAGAGUGCUGUGCCAGGGGGGCCAGUGCUUCAUGGCAGACCACGUCAUCGUGACCGUCCCUUUAGGCUUCCUGAAAGAGAAUGCAGUGGCCAUGUUUGAGCCAGCCCUCCCCAAGUCCAAGGCCGACGCCAUUGAGAGACUGGGCUUUGGCACGGUGGACAAGAUUUACCUGCGGUUCGAGGACAGGUUCUGGCCCCACGAUUGUGCCGGGAUCCAGCUGGUGUGGGACGCUGGGCCUGAGGAUGAGGAGGUAUACCAGCACUCUCAGUCAGAGGGUGGGGCCUGGAGAGACAUGUGGUAUAAGAAGAUCUGUGGCUUUGACACGGUGGCCCGCCAUCCCACAGUCCUCUGCGGCUGGAUCACAGGCCGGGAGGCCCAACACAUGGAGAGCCUGGACGAAAAGAUAGUGGGAGAGGUGUGUGUAAGAAUGCUUAGGUCCUUCACUGGCUGGUCAGUACCAGAGCCAGCCCAGGUCCUGAUGUCCAAGUGGGGGAGUGAGCGUUAUGUCCGUGGGUCAUAUACGUACCCCCCUCCAGGAGUGGACGCUGUGAGGGAACACACAGCCCUGGCAGCCCCUCUUCCUUUGCCCUGUGAGGCUGGAAACUCACAGGCAAAGCCUCUUCAGGUGCUGUUUGCUGGCGAGGCCACCCACGUGAACUUCUACACCACCACUCAUGGGGCCUACAUGACGGGCAUCAGAGAAGCACAAAGACUCAUUGACCAUUACUCCGAUAGUGAGCCCCGAUUCCUCUAACGAGUGAUACACAAAACGCCUCAUUUACUAAGAACUCUAGCUUGUCAGCAGGUUACUAAUACUGAUGAAAUGACCAUGAAUUGUUUUCGAUAUCUAGUAAGCAGCUGCUUGAAAUCAUUAGCCACUAUGAACGGCGCCACUAUGGAUUCAGCUGUGGACUUUGGUCACCAUCAUGCGAUUGUGUUAAAGUUGAAGUGCUUUGUAAUUGUAGUUGUAUGUCACAGUAUCAGUUCUUUCUUUUAGGGAUUGGUUAGCAUACUAAGAUUGCCUGACUCAUAAUGUAAUGACCUUUUUCCUUUUUUCGUGUAACUUGAAACUGUAGCUGUAAUUUUAAAUGACACCUUUUUUGUUGUUGACAAAUACAUUUUUUGUGGGAUGAAUAUAUUAAUUGGAUCCCAAUUAGAUACGCCACACUGCCAUUUGUUUUCACAUUAAAAUUUGAUGCACAUAUCAGUAUGAUUCAUUAUGAUUUGCUGAAGGUAUUGAAAACACAAACUGGGGAAUAGGGUCUUCUUUAUUGACUGUCAUUGUAGCAUUGCAAAUGAAGGAUCUUCAUAGAGAUGUAUUCAUCUGCUUAUCCAACAUAGCAAAAAACGAAAUACCCCAAUAGACAUCUCCAUUUGACAGUCAUAAUUUCAUUGAUAUGUUACACCUCAACAUGUAUAUUAUGAAACACAAAGUACCUACUAAUAAACUAAGCCCUUGUGGUCCUCUGAAGAUUGCAAA